AUCAUCAUCAUUGCUCUCAUCAUCACCUCAGCAGCAACAGCAGCUUCAGAUUCGUCGGUAGCAGAAAUCAGAGCAGAGUUGUAGAAACAGCUUGAAGGGAAAAAAACACCCGGAAAGGCUUUUAGACGUCUUUAAGAGAAGCUCCGCUUCAGGGGGGAGGGAACAUGGGGAAACUGGAGCUGCAGAUGAUCAGAUGCAAGGAAGAGGAACUCCGACCAAAUCUGCUUUUAUGACACACACCCCCAUGCAUCAUUAGGAAUUCAUACAAAUAAAACACGCUCAAGACAACCCUGUAUAAUACCUCACACAUCAUGGAUGCAGCUUCACCCUCCCUCCAGUAUGGAUCAAAAAAGCGGGUCAAAAUUCACCCCAACACCGUGACAGUAAAGUACGCCACCCACUUCCCCCAGCCUGGUGACGAAGGGUACGAUGAUGCACCCUCUUUUGAGGAUUUUGGUACCUUUGCAGAGGCAAAUGUCGGAAAGAGAUUGGUUUCAGAUGCCAAAGGCAGCAGGACUUUCUUUGGUACCAUGGAGACUCAACCUAAGCAGCCAAAUGUUCAAAGAGACAAGGGGGUUGAGGGUCAGCUGGCCAGCUUUGGCGAGGCUAAUGUUUUGGCCUCCAAAGUGACCUGGAUGGCCUUGUUUGGUGCAGCAGCAGCUCAUGGAUGUGUGGCUUUAAUUACUCGCUUGGCAGCAGAUCGUUCUAAGGUUCCCUCCCUCGAGCUGCUCUUCAUCCGUUCUGUGAUCCAAGUGCUGUCAAUUCUGGUGGUCCUCUAUUACCACGAGGCGCCCUUUGGCCCAAAGGGCUAUCGGCUUCGUCUCUUCUUCUAUGGUGUCUGCAACGUCAUUUCAAUCACUUGCGCCUACACGUCUUUUGCCAUAGUACCUCCCAGCAAUGGUACCAUCAUGUGGCGAGCCUCCACCACAGUCUUCAGUGCCAUACUGGCUUUCCUGCUGCUGGAUGAGAGGCUGAGCUACACAGAUGUGGUCACGGUGGUAGGAAGUGUGUUUGGCCUCUGCCUGGUUAUGGUGCCGAAUGUAGCAGACGAAGAGAAGUCCAGGUUGGGGUUUUGGAAGGAAGCCUUUGGCUAUACUAUGACAGUGAUGGCAGGCUUGACCGCCGCCCUCUCCAUGAUUGUCUACAGAGCCAUCAAGGAGCGCGUCAGCAUGUGGACUGCACUUUUUACCUUCGGCUGGACGGGCACUGUAUGGGGGGCCUCCACCAUGUUCAUCAUGCAAGAGCCUAUCAUUCCCCUGGAUGGAGAGACCUGGGGAUAUUUAAUUGGAAUCUGUAUCUGCUCCACAGUGGCAUUCCUUGGAGUCUACUAUGCUCUUAACAAGUUUCAUCCAGCCUUAGUUAGCACGGUGCAGCACCUAGAGAUCGUGGUUUCAAUGUUUCUGCAGCUUAUCGUGCUGAGGAUGAUCCCCUCUGCAUACGAUGUGAUUGGGGGCCUUGUCAUCAUGGUCAGCGUGUUCACUCUGACCGGGGUAAAGCUGUACAGAGUGAGCAGGGCCAUUCGACAGGAUUACCAAGAGAUCUUAGACUCGCCUAUCAAAUAAAUCCAUAUCUGUCAAUCUAUUCGUUUACAGUGUUGCUUGGUCGUGCAAUCAAAAGAAUGUCUGGAUCUUCAUCUGAUGAUUUUGUAUUGUUGUGCUGUGAACUGAGUGCCAGUUUGUGUAACUAAAGUCUUAAUAUUUACGUGUGAAAUAAAAGACAAUUGUAAUAUCGUGACCAUUUUCCCCUUGUAUAGCUAUGCUUUGAUGUGGAAUCGUGUCACAGGCUAAAAUGUCAGCAAAAAAGGCACCAGAGAAUCAUGGCAUCAACAAGGUAUUGAUAUAAUCUUCUGUCGUCACACUGCCAAAACUGUGUAAAUGUCCAGUACAAGUCAUACUGUAACUAGGAAUAAAAAAAAUUAAAAAACUGACUUGUUGUUCGAGGCAAAAACAAUUAUUUAGGCAUGGUUAACGGUGUCAAGAUGUACCAUGGUUUAAAAAAAUUGGUUUAAAAAGAAUUAAAA